AUGGAGAAAAUUUUAGAUUAUUUAAAAAAUAAUAGAGUAGUAUAAGGGGCUUUAGUUUUAGGUGGUGUUGCAGCAUCUGCCUACUUAGUUUAUUAAAGAGUUAACGAAAGCAAAUAAGAAGAAAACGUAUUAAGUUUAGAUGAAAGAAUAAAUUAAAUCAUAUAAAAUGCCUAGAUUUAAUAAUAUAUGCAAUAUUAGUUUUAUGAUCUAUAAACAUUAAUGGAUUUUACUGAUUUAUUUACUGAAAUGGCUAUCCCUGAGUUUAGAGAAAUGGUUUUUAAAUUUAGAGAAGAAAGAAGAGAAUUGAUGCAUAUUGAUAAGUAAAAGUACUAUAAAUCUAUCGUUGAUUAUAAUAAUGAGAUGUUAAUGAUAGUAGGAAAGUAAUCUUAAAAACUGUUAAAAUACGAAGGUUACAACGACGAGUACAUGAGAGUAGCUAUAAGUAUUUUUAUGAGGGAGCCUUAAUACCAAUAGAAAAUUGUAUAUAGUCUUGCUAAAGUUAAAUCAUCUGUUGCUUCUUCUGAUGUUACAUUAUCAGUUGAAGAUGCUUAAUCAAUUAUUGCCUUCUUUAUCAAAUAUGUUUAAUCAUAACCUGAAAUACUUGUGCAUUUAGUUAAGUAUAUAGUCCAAUAAAAUUAAAAUACGGGAUAAGUUCACCCUGCUUUAAAAACAGCUUUAUAUGAUUAGCUCUAUCUAGAAAAAGGUUUUGAAGAAGAAGAUUAUUUAGUUGUAGGUUUAACUGAUGAAUUUUUGAAUGACCCUAUUACUCAAAAGAUACAGAGAUAAUAUUCUGAAACAUUAACAUAAUUUAUUUAAUAUCACUCAGAAUGA